AUGGAACAUAAUACUAAAUUCAAUCAGGAAAGAGUUCCAUUCUUAUUCCCAGAAUUCCACGUGAUAUACAAACUAUUAUCAUCUGCACCUCAUUUCCGCUACGGAUGUUGCGAAACUGUUUUCAAAGGAUUUGAAAUUUAUAUCGUGGAACAAUGGUGUCUUGAUAGGGAAAUAUCAUCAAUAAUAACAUCUUAUACAGGGAACCCAGACAAUAUUUUGCAUGCAAUUAAAAUCUAUUUACCCUUAAAUCCUCAAUUUUGGCCCCCAGAGUUGAAGAAUUAUUUAAGUUCAAUCGUUGAUUCAAGCAGUUUACAAUAUGUACCGGAUCUAGGAUAUUUAUUUGUAACAAAUUUGUCGCAACUUCCAUUUUCGUCCUCUAAUCUAAAUUUGAUUCACGUAGAUGGUGGAGAUAUAAGGACGGUAUGGCAUAAUUUUACUAAUAAUUUGAACCUAAGAAGAUUAAAUUGUGGUGCCAGGUCUGGUGUCAUGUUGAACAAACCCAGUUCUGCAAGUGUAGACAAAUUUUUACAAUUGUACAAAAUUACGAAAAAAACUGUUAAAACUAAUGCUUCAAAAAAUAGUAAGAGCGGUGUGGAUUCUGGUGGCAACAGUACUGAUACAAAUCAUCUGUUUAGAAUGACUUCAAAUAAUGUUGUUGAUUCAACUGCAUUAAAUAAUAACCAACUAGCAUUUACUGACAAUGAAAUAAAUAACGAAUAUUUAGAUAACACUUUAACAGCACCUCCUAAAUCUUUAUCAACCAUGAGUAAAAAAAGGGAUAACAAGAUGGCUGAAGAUCAACAACAAUCAGUGCCAAUGUUAUACCAUCCAACGUAUACCGUAAUAGAACUUGUUAUUUAUAUUGUCCAAGUUUCGUUAAGUUUUUUCAACUUAUUAGAACACAAGUAUAUUGAUGGCUUUUAUUGUCAUAAGACGCAGCAGGCAUUACAAAGAUGGCAGAAAAUUUAUGGGUCUGUAUAUUUUCCCGCGUUGCUGCAGUCCAGAGGAUUGACUCCCAAUGUUUUGUCGGCACUAAUAAGCUUAGUUUUAACGUGUUUCUAUAAAUUCAUUGUAGAGGAUUGUAUGCCGCCAACAGGUGCAGCUGACCCGUUCACCGAGCCUUCACUAAUAUCAUCUGCGAUAUACCAUUUUCAAAAAAAAAUCAGCUCGAAAAAAUCUAAAUACGGAUCGUUAGGUACCUCCUCUGCUAAUUACUCAUAUGCAUAUUACUACGGAGGGAAUACUAGUCACCAUACUCAUGGCAACAAUUAUUACAGUAAUACAAACAAUAAUGGUGGUGCAGCACCAUAUAUUUUUUAUUUAGAUAUACCAUUGAUAAAUAAGCUAUUUGAAGUUUCGAAUUCAGACUCCAAAAAUGACUUUACGCAACUCAAAAAAGUAGUUAAAUCAACAGUCAAAGAUAUCACCAAGUUAAGAAAAAACAAUUCUUAUCAUUUGGCAUCGACCGAGAUGUUAACUACGGAUUUGAAUGAUUUAGUGCAGACAAUUAACAAUUGCAGCUCUACUUUUAGCAAUUCAAAUGGUAUAACGGCGUCUUUAAACUCACAUUAUCAUAAUAUUCAUCAUAUUCAUCACGGUUUCCAUAACCAUUUGCAUGAUGCUGAUGCCAAUAGUAACAACAAUAGUGGCACAAAUACUCCCAGUAGUCAACAUACCGAUCAUCACGGAAGUUAUGGUAUUGCUAAUGCCACUGUAAAUGGUGUUGCUCUUAGUAUGGGUAUAAAUCACAGCAAUGGUAAUAAUGACUAUGACACGAAUGCUCAGUUUAAUACAAAUAACGAUAGCAAUAACGCCAACACAACAAACAUGAAUAUCAAUAGCAAUACUAUGAAUGCAAAGGUCAAAGGAUCCAUUUUAGGCUGGUUGUGGAAUGAAAAGGACACGAAUGGGAAAUUAAAAUUUUACUACCAUGAUUUUGUUUCAUAUGACUAUAAUAGGGAUUACGACGACGAUUUAGAUUAUUAUUAUGCAUUAAAACUGAAAGAUUCUAAGCACCCAGAAAACAACAAUGAUAUACCUCAGUACCGAAUGAUAAUCACCACAUUUUAUAAAAAUGUUUAUGGUGAAAAAUCGUUUGGUUUUAAAAAAUAUUUAGAAAACAAUAUGGAUAAUGAUAGUUCUUCUGUUUAUAAUCGUGCAAUGAACAAUAUAAACUUUAGGUCUAUAAGUGGUAAUAAAAAUGCUGGAUCUGGCACACAAAAACACAACAACAACAACAACAAAGACGAACUUAACUCCACAAAUAUGUUUAAGGAUAACUCGCAUACCUUUGGCGUCUAUGAUUUGAAGAAGCAUGGUGGAAUUGACGGGGAAUAUUAUAACGGUUAUAACUACAAGGACAAAAAUAACCAGCACGCUGACGAUGAAUUGGACGGGAUAAUACCAAAAAAUAGUGAAGACAAUGAAUCCAAUAUAUCAAGUUAUAAUAAAGAGACUUCUCCGUUCGAUGAAUGGUUUUUCAAAGAGUACAAUAGAAGAUAUUCAAGCUCGGAUAUAGAGCUGGAGGAAAAACAAGCAGACGAAAUUAAAACCAGAAGAAAUAGCUUGUCAUUGAUCCAAGACCAUUUAGAAAAAUGGAAUUUGGUAACAUUAAGUGGAGUAAGAAUGGCAUUAGAAUUGAAGAGAUUGAAUAGAGACACUGAGCAAGAGCUCCUACCAACCACUGCCAUUAAUACUGUCAGUAAUAACACUAAUGAGACACCUGCCUUUUAUGCUGACCCUGACGAAGAAUUCGCUGCAUUGAAAACAAAAGUUGUAUCGUUAGAAAAAAAUUUACCAGUUUUAAAACGUAGUUUAGAUAUUUUAGAAGCCAGAUUUCAAGAUGACGUAGAGAAUAAAAGUAGCAUAUAUAAAAAUAUGAAGAAUACCAUAGAAUCUACGAUCUCCAAAUACAAUUACGACUUGAGGAUGUUAGAAAGAAAGAUAAGAAAUGUGAAAGAUAACAUGGAGCAAUUUGAUAUCAAGAUAACUGGCAUUGAAAGGACACUUAUUGAAUUUGCUAAGUACGAAGGUCAUGAGUAUUUAGAAUUAUUAAAUAAGUCUGGAUUCACCGAAGAAGGCACGACUAAGGAUGGUGCUACAGAAACUACCAGCAGUAUUAUUAAUAAUACAGAAAAUAGACGAGAACUACAACAUUACAAUGGAUUAAUACUUACAUUUUUACUGACUGCGUAUGAACAUGUUAAAGUGCUAAUUAGGAAUUUUUUUCAAAAUCCACAUUAA